AUGGCUUUGCCACAACAUCCCACGCAUAAGGUCAAUGGCAUCUGCAGCAGGCUUGAAGCGGCCAUUGACCACUGGCGUCAGGGCAAGACAAACCUGGUUGAUACGGGCCACACCAUCAGAUCCUUGUUCCUCGGGGCUUCCUGGCCACCCCCGGUCGCGGCUGCGAUUGAGGCUGCUUCCCUUGGCCUCGGCGCCCAGGCGGGGGUGGGCGAUCCGAGCGUUGCAGUCAGGUCAAGCGCCACAGCAGAGGAUCUCCCUACCGCAAGCUCUGCGGGGCAGCAAGAGUCGUACCUGAACGUACGCGGCGCCGAGGAGGUGCUGGCCGCCUGCCGGCGAUGCUAUGCGUCGCUCUUCACGGACCGGGCCAUCAGCUACCGCGAAGCCAAGGGAUUCAACCAUACGAGUGUGGCGCUCUCGGUUGGUGUGCAGCAUAUGGUCCGCGCGAACCGGGCAGGGGGCGGGGCGGGGGUCAUGUUCACGAUCGACCCGGAGAGUGGCUACGACCAAGUGGUUCUGAUCAACGCGUCCUGGGGUCUGGGCGAGACUGUCGUGCAGGGCACGGUCGAUCCAGACGAGUACGAGGUGUUCAAGCCGCUGAUUGGUAGUGGGGGCGGUGUUGUCCCCAUUGUGAGCAAGACGUGUGGAAGCAAGGCCAUCAAGAUGGUGUAUGGAGGCGAGGCAGAGACGGACGCUCCAACGACUAGCGUGGCGACGACCGCGGCCGAGCGUGCGAGCUUCGUGCUCAGCGAUCAUGAAAUCUUGCAGCUUGGACGAUGGGCAUGUGUGAUUGAGAGGCACUACGGCUGCGCCAUGGAUAUCGAAUGGGCAAGAGAUGGAGUUUCGGGCGACCUCUUUGUGGUCCAGGCGCGACCCGAGACGGUGCACUCGCAGAUGGGCCGGCCUGGCUCUUCUGGCGAAGUAGCUCAGACAUAUGUUGUCCGUGAGCCUGGACCGGUCCUGGCCACUGGGCAUGCCAUCGGGACCGCCGCAGUAGCAGGCCGUGUCUGCCACAUUAGCCUCAAAUCAAGAAAUUCGUUCCAAUUCUUCUUGGACUUUCGCUUUAGCGUCUCCAAAUCGGGAAAGGCUCGGGACAUCAGACCAAUCGUCCUCAAGAAGCCUUUCAAGGAGGUCUGUCUGGAGUACCUGAGCACUUAA